UUCAAAAAAAGAAAAUGUCUUCUGUCGUUAUGAUUUAAUGUAAUCUCACUUUUCUCAUGUUUAAGAUUUUCAGAAAUUUUUUAGAAAACGUGACAAGUGUACAAUGUUGCAUUUUUGUAAACAUCUUGUUGAAUAACUACUCUUGAAACGUUUACUAUUUAAUCUUCUCUUCAAUUAUUAAAAUUGUUAAGCAGAUUUGUAUAUUGAGGUUAUGAAGUGGCUUCACAUAUUUAUAAGAAGAUAUUUCAGUUUAUGUAUAUCACCAGUGUAUAGGACAUAUACAAGUUAACUUAUGUUUUAUUAUGAAGCGACGUCAAAGAAGGCCUGUUUUAGAGCUCAAUCAGUCGCAUUCUGGUUCUCAUGGCGAAUAUGUACAAAAUAAACGCAGGCAAUUAAGUAACGAUUACUGUGGACAAAAUGUACCUGCCAAUUCUUUGGCAAACAUACUUUGUCAUUAUAAUUCAGAUAGUGACACCGAAGAAUCUAAAAAAGAUGUUUGUAAAUUAGAUGAUCAGGUUAAUAAUUUUUUCAAGGAAAUUCAACUUAUUGCUCCCAAGCAACCAGUAUCAGAUGAAUCUGCUGUCAAUCCAGCUGUGAAUUCAAAUACAUGCCAAACAAACCACGUAAACCAACAAGCGCUAAUGUGGAGAGAAUGCCUAGAUGAAUCUUCAGGGUAUCCUUAUUACUGGCAUAUUGAAACUAACGAGGUAACAUGGGAAAUGCCAGAUGAAUUACGGUAUUUGAAGAACAACGUUAAAUCAAGUUCUAUUAUGAAACAGUUACAAGAGUCUCAUUGGGUUGAUUUCUCAUCUGUCACAUAUCAACAAUCUCAAGAAAACAUACCAGAGGGUAUGAUACCGAGGGAAGUAGUGGCUCGAAAUCGCAAUAGGUACAUUUGCAACGAGUCUGCUAAAAAACGUGAGGCUCAAUCUGAUCAGGAGGUUGCGAAUACAUCUGACACUAUGGAUAACGACUCCGACGAUGGAAAGAUAGAAAUGAUAACGUCCUAUGGAAGCGACGAAAGUGAUUCCGAUACGCCGGAUGAUAAUCAAUCUAAAAACAAAGCACCUUCUGUAACUGAAUCAACCAGUACAGGUUCGACAGUGAAAGCAAAGAACAUUGAAACAUAUCCCUCGACAACGCCGGUAAUACAGCCUCAACUACCGACGGUUCCCCAAAAUUCCGCUCCUGAUUAUGAAAAUAAAGACACUGUGGAGUAUAAAAAGCCAGAAGUCUCGUUAGACUUAAAGCCAACAGAAGAUACAGAAACUAAGUACUUAAAAGCUCAAGUUAAACAAAGUGUAACUCAGGAAACUGAAGAAAAAACUAACAAUGAUAAUCAAACAGCGAAGGAGUCUUUUGUAAAGAAAAGUAGCAACAAGCAUAAUACCGACGUCGAGUUAGACUUUCGUGUGUCCUUAGUGCCGGGAUACGAUGAAGAUUCCGAUGCCGAAGAGGAACCUGAAACUAAACAAGAAAGGAAAGCUUUGUUUCCAAUUCCUUUGACCGACAAUGUCAAAGAAAGUACACCUCUGCCGAGUAAAAUUGUGCUUGACGAGAGUCAAACGAUAAGCUCAAUUGUCUUAAUCAAUAGUGCUGAUAACGAGAGCAGUAGCGAAAGGAAAAGUACUCAAGAUCAAGAGGACGAGCAGGUAUCAGAGAAGCCGGAGUGCAAAGAAGAGCCUGCUGUAAAAGCAGAGGAGGAUGUGCAAAAGACGAACAAAUUUCUUGAUAAUUUAUCUGGAAGGAGUAAAUUCUUUCAAAGGAAAAAGCGAAUCGCGUUUGAUGUUACACCUUCAAAAACGAAAACAGUCGAUGAGAGCGAAUCGACUAAAACGGAAGCCGAGACGCAACGCGAGGAAUCAAAUUCGUGCGACGAACCUAUUACCGAUCAUCGAGAGCAUAACGAUACGACGAGCGAAAAUACAACAGAGAAUGCUGCGAAUUUCAAAGACGAACCGAACAAUACACUGGAAGGAGCAAACGUAUCGUCUGAAACGUCAAACGAGUCGAAAGAAGACGAAGGAGAAGUUAAUUUAUUAUCACAAAUCGUUCUUGAGAAAUUGAAAUUCUUGUCAGAAGGAAAGCCAAGUGUGUCUCCGGUUCAAAUGAUGUCUAUACAGUUACAAACACUGUGUAUUGCAUGGGAAGGAGGUUACUUAGAAAAAAGUUACUUACGUAGAUGGUUGUCUGAUACUAGUCAUGAAUUGGAACGCUUGGAACAAGACGCAGCACCACCUGGAUGGCUUUGUCAAUGGGAUAGGUCACAUAAGCGAUAUUAUUACCAGAACACCACUACUGGAGUUACGCAAUGGACCUAUCCGGACACUGGCAUCGCAGGUGGUGCAGAAGAAAUGGAGAUUUGCUCAACGCCUCCUCCGACAGAACAGGAAGAGAUGAUUUUACCUGUAGAAGAAGAAGGAGUGAAACUGAAAUCAAAGAAAUUGCAAGAAAGCGAUGAGACAAGCCAGGACACUGCAGCUCCAAGGAACAGUGAUAUCGAAGCUCCACCUCCACCUCAGAUUUCAAAUCCAAGUCCACCCCCACCUCCAAAAAUAUACGCAGAGGAUCUGAAAAGGGACAAAAGGAAACAAGAUAAAUGCAACGACAAACUGGAUAGUAAGAAACAGAGACCUAGAGAAGAGGGAACGAUAAUUACUGAAGUGAAAUUAGAAGAUUCAGUUGCGCCCUCUCAUUCUUCAGCUUUGUUAUCCCCUCAGCCAACGAGCCUUGUGAAUGUGACCAAUGCAGAGCCGCUACCACCAGGUGUGGAUUUAACAGAAGCACCGUAUGAGAUACCUGCAACUGCCCUGAAACGAAUUAUAUACGGUGCUGUGCAGCCACAAGGCAGUGCUCUUUACGAUACAACAGCAAGGGAUCCAACAGUUCCUAUUUUAAGUCAUCCAGCGGCCAUAGUACAAGAACAUUAUCUUCAGUACCCAGCUUAUCAUCAGCAUUUACACGCUCCAGCGGCGUUAGUACUUCCACACAAACACAGUGUACAACCUGCGAUUCAGCUAAUACCUGAUUACACUCCAAUAUAUACAAACCACAAGAUCAUCGAGAAGCCACCAGUUAAAACAGCCAAGGAGUCUUUGGUGUCUGCUUUAGAUUCAUUUUAUAAUGACAUAGCACGUAUAGAAAAUACUGGGACGGAGAAAGCUCCUCAGAGACCAGAUACCACGAUAGCAGAACCCUCUUCUGUACCUGCGGAGGAGACAAAAUUGGAAACAGAACAGGAACCUCUUCCUGCUGAGAUUGCAGUGAAAGAGAGGAAGAGGAAAAAGGCGAGAAUUGGUAUUAGUAAGAAGCAUAAAGAGAUGUCUAGUAUGGUAGCUAAAUGGCAAAAAGUGCAACAGAAUUUUGAGAACACAUAAACUGAGCAGAUGUAGUAGUAAUGUUCUGCGAGGAUGAGAUGCAAUUGUGCGAUAUUUAAGUCGUUGAACAUAGAAUAGCGCACUGUACUUCCAUCAGUAUAGUGUUCCUGUACCUGCAGUUAAUAUUGUUAUUGUAUGCUCUUUUUUAUUUUUUAAAUUUAAUGAAAAUCGGUCGAACAUGCAAAUAAUGUAAAUUUCAAAAUGUUAUAUUGUCGCCGGAACGAUUUCUAUUAUCUGUACAAAACACAAGUUAAUGAAUUUCAAAGUUCAUAAACCGUUAUUGCAAUUUACAAGCAUUUAAAAUAAAACAAAUAUGAAUUAAUA